AGCAAAGGAAGAAGGAGUAGACCAAUUCUUACGGUCCUACCUCCAAAAGGCUCUCUUUCCUAAGCCUUUAAAGUUGAAAGAAUCCCCAUUCAUUCAAACCUUUCCAUGGCCAACGCCACCAACACCACCACCACCACUACAUCUGGUGCUGCCGCCACAAAACGGCACAAACAAAGGCAUCAUCAGUCAAGCCAGCAGCAGCAGCAGCAGCAGCAGCCUCUUCUACCAGGGCUGCCUGACCAUCUUGCACAGCUCUGCCUCUCACUUGUACCCCCUUCUCUUCUCUACUCUGUCUGCCACUCGUGGCGCCGCCUCAUCUACUCUCCUUCCUUCCCUCCUUUCCUUUCUCUUUAUACCCUCUUCUAUUCCUCCUCCGCUGCCGCCGCCACCGCCACUGACGCCACCACAAACUCUUUCCUUCGAAACCAAUCUCACCACCCAAAUCAGAAGCAAUCCAAUCCAAUCGAAUUCUUAUCAUUUGAUCCUAUCUCCUCCAAAUGGAAUCGGCUUACUCCUCCUCCAUCGGACCCCGACCACGGUCCUCUCCUCCUCCGCCACCCAUCCUUCCUAUCACGCAACCUCCCCAUCCAAUCGGUAACCGUCUCCGACCACUUGGUCCUCUUGGCUGCUACCAAUCCCUAUCUCCUCCCGGCCCUCCCCCAUCCUUACAUCUUCCACCCAGACUCCAACAAAUGGCACCUCGGACCACGAUUCUCGGCCCCACGCCGGUGGUGCGCCGCUGGGGCUACAAGCGGAAAACUUUAUAUGGUCAGCGGCGUGGGAUCUCAUUAUAGUCCAGAAGUCGCCAGGUCUGCCGAGCGAUGUGAUUUGAGAAAGAAAGAUUGGUUGUGGGAAAGGGUUGCGGCAUUCAAAGAUGGGAGGUUCAGUAGGGAUGCGGUGGAGGCAGUUGGGUGGAGAGGGAAACUUUGUAUGGUGAAUCUCAAGGGGAAUGCUCCUAAAGAAGGAGCUGUUUACGAUGUCGAGAAUGACCGGUGGAAGGAGAUGCCGGAGGGGAUGCUUGUGGGUUGGAAUGGGCCGGCGACGGCAAUGGAAGAGGAAGUGAUAUUUGUUGUUGAUGAGGAUAAAGGGGUGUUAAGAAAGUAUAACCCAGAGAGAGAUUGCUGGGAGGAUGUAGUCCGAUCAAUCCGCCUCAAAGGAGCAGCGCAGAUUGCAGCAGCUGGUGGGAAGAUCUGCGCCGUCCAUUCAAGUGGCGUGAGUAUUAUAAUAGUCGACAUGUUGUUUACACCACCGAGAUUAUGGACUCUUGAAACUCCACCAUUGUUGCAUGCAUUUGCAAUUCACAUUUUGCCAAGGAUCAGUUGCCCGGAGCUGGAGCCUGGAUUCUGAGAAGAAAACUC